GUAACUCGGAAAACUCCGACUCCCGACUUCAGUGCGCUCAUAACCAUUGGGAACCCUGGAGAAACAAAUGAGCUCCAACUGGGAAAUAUCGUAUUGGACAGCUCAUCCAACAUGGAAUCUCUGGAACUCCGAAUUUCCGACCUGAAGUUCACUGACGUCAUGAUUUGACCUUUUUUCCCCCGAAUUCCCUGUUGUAGUGAAAGCACCAAUGGAAAACUAUUGCUUACGUGCUUUGUCAUCAAUGCUUACGUUGAAGACGUUUGAAUUAAUCCAUAUGCAAUGUUCUUUACAUUUGCAUAAAUGGACCUGAGAUAUCAUAUACUUAUGUAUAUAUUUGACGAGCUAGCCAAGAGUAAAAAUGGCAACAUAUAUUGCAUAUCAGUGGGUAGUACUGAUUCAUCUAUCAACUUCCAUGUAGCCACACUAGCCACCACAGAAGCAGUCACUUGAACAGAGUCACUUGAACAUGGCGGAAGUUGGGCAGCUCGAAUCAGAGCAGGACAUUGAGAAGAAAAUUGAGGAGACAAAACAGAAGUUCAAGAAUGAGUACGUCCAAGAAUCAGACAAAUAUGACUCCAGAGAUGUGGACAGGCUACAGAAGGAUGACGCUCUGGUGGAGGCAUACCUGACAUGGCGACAAUACUCUGUGGACGAUGCCUUGAAAAUGAUUGACGAUAGUUUCCUGUGGAGGAAAGAAUUUGGUUUGAAUGACCUCACUGAGAGCAGCAUUCCAAAGUGGAUGUUUGAGACGGGGGCUGUCUUCCUCCACGGCUACGACAAGGAAGGCAACAAGCUCUUCUGGUUCAAAGUCAAGCUCCAUACCAAGGAUGCAAAGACCAUCAUGGACAAGAAGAAGUAUGUUGCCUUCUGGCUGGAGCGCUAUGCUAAGAGAGAGCCAGGGAUGCCACUCACUGUUGUGUUCGACAUGGCUGAUUCAGGGAUCAGCAAUAUCGACAUGGAUUUUGUGAAGUAUAUCAUUAAUUGCUUCAAAGUGUAUUAUCCAAAGUUUCUAUCCAAAAUGAUCAUUGUUGACAUGCCAUGGAUCAUGAAUGCUGCAUGGAAGAUUGUGAAGACAUGGUUGGGUCCAGAAGCCAUCAGCAAGCUCAAGUUUGCAUCCAAAAACGAGAUCCAGACGUUUAUUGACCCUGAGUACCUCCCUCUUCACAUGGGUGGAAUGGACCCCUUCAAAUACAGCUAUCCUCCCCUUCCUGACGAUGACUUCCAAACACCCACCUGUGAGAAUGGACCAAUCGUCAGCGAGGAUGACAAUGAGAGCAAGGAGGGCGAAUCAGAGGGCAAGGAGUUGGACUCAAGCUUCAGCUCCGAGGUCGCUGUCAAACCCAAAAAGGUGUAUUUUUCUGAGGAGAGUCUGAGCAGUCUGAAACUGGAUGACAACGACAAAGGAGACUGUCGGACGAAGGGAGCUAGGAAGCCACUGACCACAUUCAAGGGCCCUCUUCUAAACGUCAGUCCAGCAGAGGAGUUGAGUUUUGGCACCAAAGAGUCAGAGAGGAAGUGUCUUAUCAUCCUCGAUAAUGUGUCCAAGAAUCAAGUGGCCUUCAAGGUACGAACCACAGCACCUGAGAAGUACAGAGUGAAGCCCAGCAACAGCAGCUGUGAACCGGGCGCGUCUGUGGAUAUAGUGGUGUCUUUACAUGGCGGCUACCAGGCGUCUCUGCAGGACCGCUUCUUGGUCAUGGCUGCUGAGAUGGAGCAGAACGCUGGUGCUGGAUCACCAGAGCUCGCUCAGUUCUGGAAGGACGUGCCCAAAACCAAGAUCAUGGAUCACAGAUUACGAUGUCACUUCCUGGAGAGCACUAAGCCCAUUCUGAGCUAUCCGAGUGGAUGUGACAACCCUGUGGAAGGAGGAGCCAAUGGCCACCCAGACCUGCACACAACGCUGAUGCGUGUGAUGGUGUGUAACGCCAGGCUGGAGCAGAAGCUGGACCAGUGUCUGUGGGUCCAGCAGGUCCUGAUUGGUCUGGUGCUGGUUGUCAUGAUGUUCAGCUUCCUGACUCUCUACCACCUUUCUGGGGCUUCUUGACUCAACCUUGUCUACAGCAGCUUAAAGCUAAACCAACAGACAGGGCUGGUAUUGGACUUGGUGAUAAAAAAAACAAAGGCAGACUCUCUUCUCUACAAUGUCUGUCGUCAUGAAAUGGAGGAGCGCUUUAUUAUGUAGCAGUGAACUAGGGACAUGUGGAGUUGUCAGUCAGUUGCCCAGAGAGAUUCUUCAUAGUCUCCUUGGCGUUGUGAGAGGUACCGUAGCUAAAGACUCUCGAUACCGUGAAAUGAAGUCAAUAAUGUAUUUUUGUUACUAAUCAUGGAAUUAUAAAUUAAGUAUUUAUUGCAAUAUGUAACAUAUUCAUUAUUUCAAUAUGUAAUAUGUAACAUGACGGAGGAGAUUUAGUUAAUUUUUUUGAUCCUAAUGAACAUUUCAUUUGAAAUAUAUAGUAUAAAAAUAUCAGGUCAAGAAUAAACGUGCACUUUUUCUUUAAA